CUUGACCAAGGGCAUAGGCGAAUGAUGGCGUCGCCACGCCCGAAGUCCCCCAAAACACCUGCGUCUAGAAACGAUUCCAAGGAUGAAUCGAUCUGGGAAAAACUUGGAACACUGGGGCGUAAGAAGAAAAUUCAGCAGGUUCAGGAUGUGAGUCGGGAAGGCAGGUUCGCCAUUGAUUCUCCCGGAGGCGCCGUCCUACGCGACCUGCCGGCUGAAUACUAUGCUAUUGAGGAAGGCGAAGAACGCUCCAUGAUCGAUCCGCACUCGUACAACUCGCCGCGCUUCGCCGACUUGCGCCGUGUGCUCACCAACUGGCUGAACGAUGAGAUGGCCCCGUACCGCAUCAUUGUCAAGUCCCUCGAGGAGGACCUGUACGACGGCCACGUGCUGCAGAAACUCACUGAGAAGCUGAGCGGCUCCUCGCUGGCCGUGCCGGAGGUGACGCAGUCCGAGGUCGCCCAGAAACAGAAACUUAAGGUGGUGCUGAGCUCCGUCAACCAGAUGCUGGGGCUCGGACACCAUGGCAGCCAGCUGUGGAACGUCGAGAAAAUACACGGCAAAAAUGUGAUCGCCAUCGUGCACCUGCUGGUGGCGCUGGUGCGCCACUACCGCGCGCCCAUUCGCCUGCCCGAGAACGUGUUCGCCAAAGUCGUCAUCGUCAAGAAGGAGGACGGCCAGCUGACGCACCGGGUGGUGGAGGAGGAGAUGACCUCCACCUACGACGACCUCGGCCUGCGCUACGAGCGCGACGCGUUCGACACGCUGUUUGACCACGCGCCCGACAAGCUGCAGGUGGUGAAGAAGUCGCUGGUGACGUUCGCCAACAAGCAGCUGAACAAGAUCAACCUGGAGGUGACCGACCUGGACUCCCAAUUCAACGACGGCGUCUACCUGUGCCUGCUCAUGGGCCUGCUGGAGGAGUACUUCGUGCCGUUGCACGACUUCUACCUGACUCCGCGCUCGUUUGAGGACAAGGUGCACAACGUGACGUUCGCCUUCGAACUGAUGCAGGAUGCCGGCCUGCCGCGACCCAAGCCUCGGCCCGAAGAUAUCGUCAAUUUGGAUUUAAAAUCUACUCUCCGCGUUCUCUACAAUCUGUUCUUCAAGUACAAAAAUCUCAACUAGUCACGUGACUCGACGAGGCAACUGAUCCUUGAAGGUUUCUGUUGUUUUUUCAGUUUUCACCAGUAUAUCAGAAUCGUGUGAAAAGCUAACAUAUUUCAUUAGAAGCGUUCAUGUGCUAAUGUGUAAAUCUAAUUACUAGGACGAAGUGUGCAUAGGCAUGCUAUGUAUCGUGGUACUAUCUAAGCAUCGUCUAAUUGUCGAGAUCCCUGUGGUUUUAACUAGUCUCAAACGUUAUAGGUAAGAUACAUGGUCUGAAUUAUAACUAAUAUCUUAUGUGAGUGACUGCAAUUAGUUUUCUUGGACGUCGCUGCAGAAUACCUGAUGAAAGAAUGCAAACCUGUGCCUUCGCUUUAACGUGAAAGCAGUCAGCAAGCAGAAACUUUCACGGUGUUUUUGCAGAGUACAUUUUGGCCAUGCACAUUCAUAAGCAUCGUGGUGGUAGGGCUUACGCGUGCUUAUGCUGCUCCACACCAUAGCCGGUUGUUACCAUGUCCGAGCAUGUUUAAAACGCCCUUGUAGUAUAGAGUGCUUGUCAGUGCCUGAGAGGUGUAGCCGUGCGUGCGUGCCAUGCGAGAUGUGCCUCCACAAUGACUCGGUCAGGUCGUCGACCAAGCCUCAAUCUGCUAGACUGCGGGCCUGUUACGUGAAUAUGUGGCGGCGUUUCCAUCUGAUCGUACUGCAUUUUUACUCACUGGCCUGAAGUUAUGUGCCUCCACUAGGAAAUUCGUGCGUGCGCUCAUUGUGUAUAAUGAUAUCCGAGUGGCGGAUGUGUGGUGCUAGUAUUUUGAUGGUUAUUUACUACCUGGAACUUGCGGUCGUCCAUAACAGUGCCAAUGUUAAACAAUACAGCCUUCCUUGUAUUACUA